AGUCAGUCCCUGCCCAUCUGGAUGCUUGCGUAACUGGAUUUUUUUUCUCGCAGCCUCCAUCAGACUUUAAAGCCCUGCUCUUUGCUUCGGCAGCUCAUUUGCUCUCAACACUUUCCUUUGGUUAUCUGCUUUAAGGUUUGCUGCUAAAAUGGCCACAGCUGGUAAGGUCAUUAAGUGCAAGGCAGCUGUGGCCUGGGAGCCCAACAAGCCUCUGGUGAUGGAGGAGAUUGAGGUGGCCCCGCCCCAGGCCAACGAGGUCCGCAUCAAGAUCGUGGCGACUGGAGUGUGCCACACGGACCUGUACCAUCUGUUCGAGGGGAUGGACAAAGACGGCUUCCCCGCAGUCCUCGGCCACGAGGGAGCCGGCGUUGUGGAGAGCGUUGGGACCGGAGUCUCCGAGUUCCAACCCGGAGACAAGGUCAUCCCCCUGUUCAUCCCCCAGUGUGGAGAAUGUCGCUUCUGCAAGAGUCCCAAAACCAACCAGUGUGUGAAUGGCUGGAAUGCCCGUGUGAUGUCGGACCCAGAGUCCAGGUUCACCUGCAAGGGGAAGAAGGUGCUGCAGUAUAUGGGAACCAGUACCUUCUCUGAGUACACCGUUAUGAACCAGAUGUCCGUGGCCAAGAUCGACCCCGCUGCCCCUCUGGACAAAGUCUGUCUCCUGGGCUGCGGGAUCUGCACAGGAUACGGAGCGGCCGUUAACACCGCCAAGGUGGAACCGGGCUCCACCUGUGCCGUGUUCGGCCUGGGAGCCGUGGGCUUGGCUGCCGUCAUGGGCUGCCAGGCGGCGGGAGCCAAGAGGAUCAUCGCCGUGGACGUCAACCCGGAGAAGUUCGUCAAGGCCAAGGCGUUCGGGGCGACCGACUUCGUGAACCCGAAGGAUCACAGCGGCCCGGUCAGCCAGGUGCUGUCGGAGAUGACCGGCGGAGGGGUGGACUUCUCCCUGGAAUGUGUCGGGAAUGUGACCGUCAUGCGCAGCGCCUUGGAGUCCUGUGUGAGAGGCUGGGGCGUCAGCGUGCUGGUGGGCUGGACGGACAUGGACGACUUUGCCGCCCGCCCCCUUCAGCUCAUCGCCGGACGCACGUGGAAGGGCUCCCUGUUUGGAGGAUUUAAGAGUAAGGACGGCGUGCCUCAGAUGGUCAAAGCCUACCUGGACAAGAAGAUAAAGGUGGAUGAGUUCAUCACUCACAACAUGACCUUGGACCAGGUCAACGACGCCAUCGAGCUGAUGAAGCGUGGCAAAUGCAUCCGGACGGUGCUGAGUGUUUCCCCACAGUGAAGACGCUGCAUCGCCUCGACCCAAGCAAAACUCUUUAUGUGUACUCGAGGAUAAUAAAGAGAAAUGUCAAAAAACA